GGCCCUUCUCAGUUCUCGCACAAUGUCAAAAGUGAGGAUAUGCUUGAGACGGAAACGCCCCAUGAAACCCCCCCACCAAUCGAUGAUGACCUUGAUUUCAGCCAGGAACAAAAUUAUAUUCAAACCUAUCGCAUUGCCGUAGGUUGACUUUCCAUCCCCUAGGAAUGAAGUGGUGGGUCUGGUAUUCUGACGAGGUACUAUGAUCUAGGUGAGCGGUUUUCUCAACGUUCUAUCUGAUUUGGAAUUAGACCAAAUGCUACAAGGGCCAAGUCCAAAUAGAGAAACCUCCCCCAAAACAACCCUAGCACUAAGAGAUAUUUUGAUUGCAAUAGGCGCACAGGCUUCAAAGCAUGAAGCGACACUCACGCAAGUAGACCGUUACUAUUUUGCUCGUGCACAGCGAAUAGCAUUUGCUAGCAUGCUAGUGAAUCCUAGUCUAGAAAUGGUGCGCCUAUUUAUCUUGAUGUCAUUCUAUAUGCUAGGUGCCUGCCGCCGAAAUGCCGCUUUUAUGUAUUUGGGGGUUGCUGCUAGAGCAGCAGCUGCUUUAGGCCUCCAUUUUGCUGAUCAAAACUCUGUAAACAUCGAUGAGCAACAGAAAAGGGCUCGAGUAUGGAUGAGCCUCUGCACAUUGGACCUCCUUGUUAGCUCAAUUCUUGGACGACCGCCCGCAACAGCGAAUUUACCCUCGGACAUAGCAGACAGCGCCACCAACACACUAAAGUCGGGUAGAGAUAUAGAUGAUAGUCUUGUUGCUUCCUAUUACAUGUCCCGGAUUCUUGACGAUAUUGUUGUUCGGGUAUAUCACGAAAAGGCUGCUUCAACCGAAGUCGCAGAGUCAUUACUCGAGAAGCUCAAACAAUGGAGUAAUGACUUACCCGAAUAUUUGUUGUCUUCUCCCAGCACGGACCCAGAAAGUUUAGCCGCUCAGGAGCAUAUCAUUGGGAGUCUUCAUGUCGCCUGCACUUAUCAUUUCGCAGUAAUUAUAGUAACGCGGCCAUUUUUGAUAUCAGUGUUGGGCGUUCGCCUCGCACGAUUGCACCAAGACUCCCCAGGAAUCAUACCGGAGGAGACGUUUCUCGAGGAUCCCACCCACACACGGCUAGCCAACGCCUGCGUGGAAUCAGCAUUAUACAUGAUACAAACCUGUUUGGAGGUACAUCAGUCUCGCCUGCUGCUAGGAAAUAUGUGCAUUUUAAAAGCUCUCGUGUUUGCUGCUGCCUUAGUCCCAGGGUUCUCUAUGUUCUCACAAAAAGAGGUAGACACAACCCUCGAGGACACUUUCAACGGUGCCCUGGAAAUACUGCGUGAGCUCUCGCAGCAAUCCGCCCAGGCCGCGCAUUACUAUGAAAUCCUCAGCCUUCUGCGGAACGCUAUUGAUGAACAGCGCCAGCGCCUGCGAGAAACCCCGGUCCCAGAUAAGAAGUACGUUAGCAAGAUUUUUAGCUUGAAUCUGCGUAACAAUUCCCCGCAAGGCCAGGGAAGCAUGGACGCCACCACGGCAGCCUGUUCCUCCGAGGGUUCCCAAACCGAUCGCGUCGGUCCAUAUGUAGAUCCGGGAGGUUCAACCAAUCUUUUCGACGCCGUAGCACUGUCAUCUCCUUUCCUCGGGUGGGAAGGCAUGGAGUUAUCAUUAUGGGACAGGUUCCCGUUUGUCGACGGAUGAUUUCUAUAUUCUAGUACCGGUGUUUUGACAGCUAGGGUUGGCUGGCUGGCUGGCUGGCUGGCUGGUUGGUUGUUUGUUUGUUAUGCGACCCGAGCGAGGAGCGUCAGCCAUACCUAUCAUUAGUUACAUAGAUCCGAGACAACCAAGUGAAUCCUACUUAGUUACCUAGUCCUAGGUACCUAGUAAUCUUUAGUUAGGUACUUAGUCUGAUCCUUCCGGACUGAUAUUAUCCCAUUCCUGCCUGGCUGCCUUGUCUUUUGCAUCUCGUCUUGUCUCGGGGUAAAUAUCCUCCGGUACAACGAGUGAGAAAAUCUGUGGGGAUUUACUACGUACCCGACCAUGCAUGACUGACUGACUGACUGACCGACAUAGUUAGUACUUGACUUACUCCGUAGAACAAAAAGAAAUGGUAUAUUCACCUACUAGGUACAUACAUGUACACGCAACAGAUUGGAGUUUUCAACUACGUACCACU